AGCCAAUCAGCGUUCAGAAACACUAUGACGUCACGUAUUGACUAACUCCAGGAAGCUGCUGCAACUUUCCAACUGUACAUUACUCCGCCUUUUUUGGGAGAACUUUAGCAUUAGUUUUAGUUCAAAGGGUGACUAGCGAUUAAAAAUAUUAAUGUUUUACACUGCGCGGGUUACUCUUCGUGGACAGUAGUUGUGUCGUAAGAACUGUAAACAGAAACAUAAUUUGCGAUAAAAAAAUGUCAUCUCCUCCUGUUGCGUCCUGUCUCCUAGCUAACUACUCCAUUGAGCUCCACGAUGUGCAAGUUCAUAAAGUGGAUGAGUACCUCCAGAACCUCCAGCUUUCCGAUGAGAAGCUAAUGGAUUUGUCGAUGCGUUUUCGCCGAGAGAUGGACAAAGGCUUGUGUCGAGAUACUAACCCUACAGCCGCUGUCAAGAUGCUGCCCACGUUCGUUUGUUCCACACCCGAAGGAACAGAACAAGGCGAGUUUCUGUCGCUGGAUCUCGGAGGAGCAAACUUCAGAGUGUUGUUGGUUAAAGUGGUGUCUGGUGAGAAUCGCAGAGUAGAGAUGCAAAAUGAAAUUUAUGUCAUUCCUGAAGAUGUCAUGAGAGGCACUGGCUCUGAGUUUUUUGACCACAUUGCCUCCUGCCUGGCUCAGUUUCUGGAGAAAAUGGGCAUCAAAGAAAAAAAGCUUCCUCUUGGCUUCACGUUUUCGUUUCCCUGUCAGCAAACUAAAAUGGAUGAGGCCGUCCUAAUGUCAUGGACAAAAGGAUUCAAACCAACUGGAGUGGAGGGGAAGGAGGUGGUCAGUCUGCUGAGAAAGGCCAUCAAAAAAAGAGGCGAUUUUGACAUUGACAUUGUAGCAGUAAUCAAUGACACGGUUGGAGCGAUGAUGACCUGUGGCUAUGAUGACAAGCACUGUGAGAUUGGGCUCAUUGUAGGCACAGGGACCAACGCCUGUUAUAUGGAGCAGAUGCGGCACCUGGAGGUUUUGGACGGAGAUGAAGGCCGGAUGUGUGUGAAUACUGAGUGGGGAGCGUUCGGAGAUGACGGAGCUUUGGACGACCUUAGGACAGACAUCGACAGAGAGAUCGACGCUGGGUCCCUCAACCCAGGACAGCAGCUGUUUGAGAAGAUGAUCAGUGGUAUGUACAUGGGUGAGCUGGUGCGCCUCAUCCUGGUGAAAAUGACCAAACAGGGGCUCUUAUUUCACGGCAGAGCCACUCCAGAGCUCCUCACCACAGGACACUUCAAAACCAGCUAUGUCUAUGCCAUCGAGAAUGAGAGUAAGGAGAUAGGUCUGGCAGAAGCUGAGAGAGUCCUGCAGGGUUUUGGUUUGAACCCCACUGUUGAAGACUGCAUUGGAACCCAGCGCGUCUGUGAGAUUGUCUCCACACGAGCUGCACAUUUGGUCGCUGCCACACUCGCUUCCAUCCUACGACAAAUACGGGACAACAAGGCCGCAGAGAAACUGAGGACUACUGUCGGAGUGGAUGGAUCUGUGUACAAGAAUCAUCCACAGUUUGCUAGACGACUCCACAAGAUGGUCCGCCGACUUGUGCCUGAUGUGGACAUGCGUUUCCUCCAAUCCCAGGACGGCAGUGGUAAAGGCGCAGCCAUGGUGACUGCUGUGGCGUACCGUUUGGCAGUCCAGCAAGCCCAGCGAAAACGCAUCUUGGACACUCUGCGUCUGAGCCAUGAGCAGCUUCUGGACGUGAAGGAGCGAAUGAGUGAUGCCAUGUUAAAAGGGCUAUCCAAACAAACUCACCAACAGGCCAGUGUCAAGAUGCUGCCCUCCUUUGUCCGCUCUACGCCAAAUGGGACAGAACAUGGCGAUUUCUUGGCUUUAGAUCUUGGUGGCUCCAGUUUUCGAGUGUUGUUGGUCCGAGUACGAGCAGGUACAAAGCAUAAGGUUGAAAUGAACCAAAAAAUAUAUAGCAUACCACAGGAGAUCAUGCAAGGCACAGGAGAAGAGCUUUUCAACCACAUUGUGUCUUACAUGGCUGACUUCCUGGAGUACAAGGGGAUGAAGGGGGUGUCUUUGCCACUUGGAUUUACCUUCUCAUUUCCUUGUUAUCAAAGCAGAUUGGAUGAGGGGAUUCUUCUGAAAUGGACCAAAGGGUUUAAAGCCAGUGGGUGCGAGGGUCGAGAUGUAGUGACAUUACUGAAAGAAGCAGUUCGCCGGAGAGGAGAAUUCAAUUUGAGUUUUGUGGCGGUGGUGAAUGACACAGUUGGAACAAUGAUGACCUGUGGUUAUGAGGACCCCCAAUGUGAAGUGGGUCUUAUUGUGGGCACAGGAACAAAUGUCUGUUACAUGGAGGAGAUGAGAAACAUUGAACGCGUUGAGGGAGACGAGGGCCUUAUGUGUGUGAACAUGGAGUGGGGAGCCUUUGGGGAAAAUGGAGAGCUGGAUGAUUUUUGCACUGACUUUGAUCGCACUGUGGAUGAAACCUCAACCACACCAGGAAAACAGAGGUAUGAGAAGAUGAUUAGUGGCAUGUACCUUGGAGAGAUUGUGAGGAAUGUUUUGAUAGAGUUUACAACCAAAGGCCUGCUGUACCAUGGAAAGGUCUCCGAACGGCUCAAGAUGCGCGGCAUCUUCGAAACCAAAUUCCUGUCUCAGAUCGAAAGCGACCGCUUGGCCAUGAGACAAGUGCGCUCCAUCCUGCAGCACCUGGGUCUGACCGGGUCUACCUGCGAUGACAGUGUUCUGGUGAAGGAGGUGUGUAUGGUGGUGGCUCGGAGGGCAGCCCAGCUCUGCGGCGCUGGACUCGCUGCUGUCGUGGAGAAAAUACGGGAAAAUCGUAACUUAAACCAGCUCUCCAUCAGCGUGGGAGUGGACGGCACACUGUACAAAACACAUCCGCAUUUUUCAAGCAUUAUGCAGGAGACACUGCAGGAUUUGGCCCCUCAGUGUAAAGUGUUGUUCCAUAAGUCUGAAGAUGGCAGUGGGAAGGGAGCGGCGCUGAUCACAGCUGUCGCCUGUAGAGUUCAACAAGAACAGCUCCAGAAAUGACACUCAAGCAAAUGUGCUUCAAUGUGAAGUGGGGUUAAUUAAUCCCACUCUUAGUAUGUGUGCCUUAUGAAAACUGAUAGCAAAAAUUAGUGGGUUUAAAUAGACUAGUGGCCAGCAAAACUGCUUUUAGUCUUUUUUAAACUUGGGCUUACACUUGGACAAAUAUUAUAGAUCUACAAGGGAUUUUACUUUGACACAAUAGUUCAAACAAUACAAACAAUACAAACAAUUACAAAAUAAACAUGUUAUGUUUACUGUAGUUUAAUGUUGAAUGAAUGUAUGUUGAAAAAUUUUAACUUAUUUCAUACUUAUUUACAGAUGGAAUGAAAUUACCAUAUUUGGAGUGUGGUCAAAAUCUGGAGUGUAGUAUUGGCUGUAGCUACAAUUUAGUCCUCACUUGCCCAAUGUCACAUGAUUACAUCAGUGUUUGCUCACUUUCAGUGCAUAUGAUUUUAAGAUAAUAUUACAAGAACCAAAGAUGUGAGUGACUGAGCUGUAUUUAUUAAACCAAGGAUCAAAUAUUUGCAGUGAGUCUGAUCAGAUUAGUUUGGUUAACAUUUAUUCAUCAUAACUCGACAAGCUCUUUGUAACAAUUAAAAUUAACUGUUUAAAUGGUUAUUAGCAAUUUGGCACAAUCAACCAGUGAUUCAAAUGGCACUUUGUUACUGGAACACAAUAGAACAAUUAGAAGGCUAAAUUGGCAAAGCGUCUUGUAAAAAUAUUGGACGUUUUUGUGUGUAAUUUAUGUAAAAAUAUUAUUGAUCUAAAAAGGAAAAUACAGUUACACAGGAGAGAUACACAGUAGUUAAAGCGGCUGAACACCAAGUACAGAUAUAUUGUAGAAGUACCUCGUAGGAACAAAAUGAGACCACUGUGUGCUGUCAGCAUCUAAUCACAAAGUGUUUUUAUUCCCACUAACCAAAAGGGUGGUGCACUCUUUGCACCACCCUUUGCAGUUGUUGUUAGCAUUAUCAUAAUGGAAAAAUUUCAUUUUAUACUGGCCUUCACUCCGAGGUGUCCAUUGAGAAUUCAAGACACAUUCAUGAUUUUUCUUUAUUCUCAUUGAAACCUCAUAUUACAAACCUCAAAGGCUUAUUCAGUAUCUGAAAGAUUUUAUACCCAAAAUUAUAAUGUGCUGCAUAAACUAAACAUAAUUAUUUGACUAUUUUUGAAGCAGUUCAUUAAAGUUCUUGCCAUUUUUCUGCACAGGAAGCAAUUAUUGUUGCUGAAGCUUAGUCUUAAGGGAAGACUAUAGACUAAUUAGUACAUGACACAGACAGUGACACAUCCCUGGUUAAAUGAGCUGUACCCUAUUUGUACUGUCUAGUUCAUUUUAAAUGGUUUGCUGUGGUCCAAACUUAUUUCUAACUUACCAAAUGCAUUCUGAACACCCACUGAUUCACCACAAUGAAUUUAUAAGUGCUUUUCACAACUCUCACACACCAGGGCAUGUUGGUGUUACAUGGUGGUAAAGAACAACAACUAGCAUGCACUUCCCGAUUGAUGGACAAUAAAACACCUUAUUAUUUUAUGCAGACAGAACACAGGACUUAUUUUGACUUCACGAGCUACUUAUACAAUAUAUCUUUACUGAUGUAAGACGUUUGCUCAAAUACAUGGAAAAAAAAAUCUGGCACAAGGCUUUCAAGGGGCUUUUUUAGAGGCUACCUUACCUUAAAAUGUGACUCAUGUAUGGUGGUGUAAGAACCCACAUCCAUGAUUAUUAGUAAGAAAUAUAUGGCACAAUAAUCAAGUUAUUAGGUUAUGCCUCAUAUUUUGUGAACAGGAAGUACAGUAGCAACAUUCAGAGUUGACCACGCCCCUCAGUUAAUGCUAGUCAUGUUAGCAUCAAAACGAGUCAUACUCAAAGCUAGUCAAGAUUAAUAUUCUGAGUCAAAGUGAUCUUCCUUUUGCAGUGAACGAAGCCCUCUCAAAGAUCUGAUCGUAACUACCAAUCGCUCAAACUGCAUCUUUAUUCUGUUCGAAGCACUUUGUGUCAUUGAAUGAGUGGUAUUGGAUUUUUAUAGACUCUCUGCUCCUUUUUACCAACAGUAAUAUUUGAAGUUGUUGAAGCAUUUAAUUUAUGUAGAAACUGUUAACUUCUUUUUUAGACCUGUUACUUAAAACUGUUACACAAUCACACUCCCAACAUCACAUUAAUCAGACAUAUAUAACACAUUAUUGAGAAGAAUAUGUAUCAUGAUUAAAUUGACUUGUUUUCCAAAUAUUUAGUUUUUAAUUUAGUUUUGUGUCUUCUAGAAUAGGCUAUUUAACUUGUAUGAAUGUAUGACUGCUUAGACAUUAUUCCCGUCAAAAUAUUUAUUUAAAAAUCCUGGUUCAAAUAAAUAAAUUGUAACUUGGUACCUUCUUUGCCCCUAGAAGACAUGAAUGUGUUGCCUUGAUAAGUGAAAGUUUCUGCAGCAUUUCUAGUUAGGGAUAGCAUUUCUUCGACUAAAGGAAUGAAAUAAAAAGGAAAUAGCUUUAGCAUCCUUUGUCAUUACAUUGUUGCUGUGAACUUCUGUAACUUUCUUUAUGGACUGAAGUAACAUGAACCUUUGGAACUGCAUAAUAAACAGAAAUGGUCAAACAAUAUCAAGCGUUUUUGGUGUGGCCUGUAAAUUAUCUUUUUGUAUUCACUUUUGGGCCUUACAGAUGCCAAUCCUGUGAAUUUUCCAAUGCCAAUUAACCCAAACAUCUGACAGCAACUGGAUUCUGGUCUUUUCAUAUAUUAUUUUAACAAACAGGACCAAUAAAUUCCUGCCUUACACACUGUAUACUUAGGGGGGUUAGUGUAUUUUGACUUGAACAAUCAAACUCUUGACACUGGAAUUUGGAUCAGAGAGCCAACACGUUUGCUUCCUGCAUUUUUUGGAUCAGACUCCACACAUUUGCAGAGCACGGGUGUUCAAUUCAAAAUCGCAGUAUUUCUCAGCUUUCUCUGAAGUGGCAGAAUCUUUGCCUUUCAUUUUACAAAUUCAAGUACAGAGGAUGUAAAAACAGUUAUCAAAACCAUUGUAAAGCAAUAAUAUUUUCACUGAAUAAACAUAUUAGUAAUCUGUUAUUACUUCAAAAUAAAUGAUACAUUUCUUCUUAGUACAUUUGUUGAUUGUCAUUUACUUGUACCUAUUAUACUUCUACUUUUUGUCAUUUACAGUCAGUUUUGUAUGAUGAAUAAAACAUGUAUGAAAUGU